UGUAGUUCUUUUGCACUACAGAAGAGUGGAAUUCGGGGGAGUAGCCAUCUUGUGUUUUGCAAGUUUAAGUUGUGCAGCAAAGGAAACAAAAGGACACCGAUUGGGGACUUGGCGUCUCAUUUAGCGCACAUCCACUCUCCAUAGUUGCGGUUUGAUUCGGGCAAAAAUGUUCUCCCUGUCGUCGUUUCAGCCACAGCAGAUGAUUGUGCCCUUCAGCCAGCUCAUCAGUGCUCUCCACUCCCUGAAGAACACAGCCACAGCUUCAGUGCAGACCCUGCACAAAGACCUAAGUCCUGAGCACACCUGGCUUCCAAAAGAGCCAAAUGUGAAACUUCGAGAGUUGGGUCUGUCGGACGUUAGGGAGAGUCAGCUGGAUGAUCUGAUCAGCAGGUUGCUACCCGUUUUCGGUCCAGAGGAACAAGCUGUCGUUCCCUCCGUAUGGAGGGCGAGUCAUGUUUCCACAGACACGUUCUUUCACAACAAGCACGGGUUCUCACACAGAAGGCCGGGGGGGUUCUCCUCGCCAAUAUUCCACUGGCAAACGCAAAGACCUCUCAAAGAACUUUGUUCCGAGCUUCAGUUCUUACCCUUCUUGAUCCAAAGUCGAGGUUUCAUGACUCACAGACUAAAGACCCCACGAAGAGAGCGUGGUGGCGCCCCUUCAUUAGCGGAAUCUUUUAAUACCCUCUUUGUGAAGCAUGUUCCGAAUAUGGAAAGAGCCGCACAUCUGCAGUCCAUGGAAGAACUUAUAAAACAGAAGAACCUCCCUGUGAGCCAACAUGAGGCCUUCAAGUCGGGCUUCGCCGAGGGCUUUGUGCAAUCUCGGAGCAUUGUUUGGAGAACACAACAAGAAGGCUUGAGGAAAACCUGGCUGGUUGUGUUGGUGUGUUUACUGAUGGCCUUAGUUAUUGUUGCAAAAGCCCCCUUUUUCUGGGGUAAAGGCUCCUUUUCCGACGCAGUGAGGUUCCGCACCGGUUUCCUGGGCUCGGCCAUCGACUCCAAGCAAAUAAAUGUGACUUUCGAGCACGUUAAAGGAGUCGAGGAGGCAAAGAAUGAGUUGCAGGAUGUUGUGGAGUUCCUCAAGAACCCUAAGAAGUUCACAGUUCUGGGUGGGAAGCUGCCCAAAGGGAUCCUCCUGGUCGGGCCGCCCGGCACCGGCAAGACCCUCCUGGCCCGAGCCGUCGCCGGUGAGGCGGAUGUACCCUUCUACUACGCCUCUGGGUCUGAGUUUGAUGAGAUGUUUGUGGGUAUUGGCGCCAGCCGCAUCAGGAACCUCUUUAGGGAGGCGAAAAAUAACGCCCCUUGUGUCAUCUUCAUUGAUGAACUGGACAGCGUCGGCGGUAAGAGAAUCGAGUCUCCCAUACAUCCAUACUCCAGACAAACCAUCAACCAGUUGCUGGCUGAAAUGGACGGGUUCAAGCCAAACGAGGGCGUCAUCGUCAUCGGCGCGACCAACUUUGCCGAGGCUCUGGAUAAUGCACUGAUCCGACCGGGCAGGUUCGACAUGCAGGUGACCGUCCCUCGGCCGGACGUGAAGGGACGGACAGAGAUACUCAACUGGUACCUCACCAAGAUCAAAGUGGACUCUGGGGUCAACGCUGAGGUCAUCGCUCGAGGCACGGUGGGCUUCUCGGGGGCGGAGCUAGAGAACCUAGUCAACCAGGCCGCCUUAAAGGCGGCGGUGGACGAGAAAGAGCGGGUCACCAUGAAAGAUCUGGAGUUCGCUAAGGACAAGAUCCUCAUGGGCCCCGAGAGGAGGAGCGUGGAGAUCGAUAAGCAGAACAAGACCAUCACGGCCUACCACGAGUCGGGUCACGCAAUCGUGGCGUACUACACCAAAUACGCCAUGCCCAUCAACAAGGCCACCAUCAUGCCUCGGGGAGCAACGCUCGGCCACGUGUCCCUCCUACCUGAGAACGACCGCUGGAGCGAGACCAGGGCUCAGCUGCUGGCUCAGAUGGACGUCAGCAUGGGGGGUCGCGUGGCGGAGGAGCUCAUCUUUGGCAACGACUACAUCACUACAGGCGCCUCCAGCGACUUUGACGGAGCAACCAAAAUAGCCAAAAUGAUGGUCACCAGGUUCGGCAUGAGCGGCAAGCUGGGCGUCAUGACUUACGGCGAUGUGUCCAAGCAGAGCCCUGAGACACAAGCCGCCAUCGAACAGGAAGUUCGGUUGUUACUGAAGGACUCGUACGAACGUGCUAAAAACAUCCUGAAGACGUACAAAAAGGAGCACGAGAAGCUGGCCGACGCCCUCCUCAGAUACGAGACUCUGGACGCCAAGGAGAUCCAACUGGUGUUGGAGGGCAAACCGCUGGACCACUAGACUGACUUGUGUACAUAAAACAAUGCUGGGAUUAAUUUCCUCAAAGUAGUCUAUUUUUUUAAAGAAUAUGUGACUGGAUGAACAACCUAGAAGUACACCAUGGAUUAAAAACAUUAAUGGUG